UUAAGUGCCGUCUCCCAAUCGGAGGUUAGAUAUCAUCAUGACUACCUUUACUUUAUCUACUGCUACUCUGAACAGUUCUAUAGAACUGCAUUUAAUCCAGUCCCUUAAAUUCUUCAACCAUGACACUCUCCUUCUUCCUAUACUCCUUUCUUCUGUUAUAUUUCCUUGUAUUAUCAGCAUUAGCAGUUCAUAUCGCUGUCCCCUCAUGACGUGUCUCAGAUAUUGUAACUUUCUUAUUUUUAUUGUGUUUAUUAAUGUGUUCUUGCUUCAAUUAUCGAAAACACGUAGCAUCUCAGUGCUCUUACUCUCAGUUCUAAUCUAAGAUCUUUGUAGCAGAAAAUUGUUUUCAUUUUUACAAACGCAUUUCUUGCUAUUUCUAUCCUAGUCCUUAUUUC